GAGAAACGGAAGAAGACGAAGAGAUCGAGAGAAAAAAACAGCUUAAAAAAUGAGUAGAAAUUCAAAACCCCCUUCCCUCUCGAGUGAAAAUUGGAUUAAAAAUAUCACUAUAAAAAGGAGAAAAAAAGACCUUAAAAUUAAAUCAUUUUCAACUAAAAAAACUAGAGAGAAAAAGAAAAUGGCGCAGUUUCCUUGCGACUCCAAUGGCGUUUGCAUGGUAUGCAAACAGAAGCCUCUAGAAACCGAAACUCUCUAUUGCACAACAUGCAUAACUCCGUGGCAUUUUACAUGUUUACCCCUCGCUCCCACCUCUAUCGCCGGCUGGGAAUGCCCUGAUUGUUCUCAACCCAACCUCACCGUCGAUUCGCUUGCUCCGUCCAUCGCCGGCGAUCUCGUUUCCUCAAUUCGCGCCAUCGAGAACGAUCCGUCGCUUACCGAUGAAGAAAAAGCGAAGAAACGCCAAGAACUCGUUGGUGGAUCUUCUACUGAAACUGAAACCAUCAAUAGAGCCUGCAAUGAUUUUCUUGAUAUCUUCGAUGGGAGUCUCAAUUGCUCCGUUUGCAUGCAGUUAUUGGAAAGACCCGUUACUACUCCGUGCGGGCACAAUUUUUGUCUGAAGUGUUUUGAGAAAUGUAUUAGGCAAGGAAAGAACACUUGUUCGAAUUGUAGAACUCCAAUUCCGGCGAAGAUGGUGAGUAAUCCGCGAAUUAAUUCGCAGUUGGCGAUGGCGAUUCGUAAUGCGAAGAUAGCGAGAUCGGAAGGUGGUGUUGGAGGGAGCGGCGGUUUGAAAGUUUAUCAUACUGUUCAUAAUGAUGAGCUUCCUGAUACUGCUUUUACUACAGAGAGAGCAAAGAAAACAGGGAAGGCGAAUGCGUGUAGUGGGAAGAUAUUUGUGACGAUUCCGAAAGAUCAUUUUGGGCCGAUUGUUGCUGAGAAUGAUCCAACGAGGAACCGCGGGGUUCUUGUUGGUGAUUCGUGGGAGGAUAGGAUGGAAUGUAGGCAAUGGGGGGCUCAUUUUCCUCAUGUUGCUGGGAUUGCUGGUCAGAGUACUCAUGGUGCUCAGUCUGUUGCGCUUUCUGGUGGUUAUGUUGAUGAUGAAGAUCAUGGUGAGUGGUUUCUGUAUACUGGAAGUGGUGGGAGAGAUCUCAGUGGUAACAAACGAACCAAUAAAGAUCAGUCUUUUGAUCAGAAGUUUGAGAGUUCGAAUGAGGCUUUGAGACUCAGUUGUCGAAAAGGUUAUCCUGUUCGUGUUGUUAGGUCCCACAAAGAGAAACGAUCCGCUUAUGCUCCGGAAGAAGGAGUGAGAUACGACGGCAUUUAUAGAAUUGAGAAAUGCUGGCGCAAAAUGGGAAUACAAGGUCAUAAGGUUUGCAGGUAUUUGUUUGUGAGGUGUGACAAUGAGCCAGCUCCAUGGACAAGUGAUUUAUCCGGAGACCGUCCCCGUUCACUACCUAUAAUUAAUGAGUUUAAGGGUGCAACAGAUAUUACUGAAAGAAAGGGUGAUCCAUCAUGGGACUUUGAUGAGAAAAAGGGCUGCUGGUUGUGGAAGAAGCCCCCACCACUAAGUAAGAAAACAGGCAAAAGGGUGUCCUCCAAAAGCAAGAAUACGCUGUUGAAAGAUUUUGGUUGCAACAUAUGUCACAAAGUGUUGUCUUCACCUCUUACUACUCCUUGUGCUCACAACUUCUGCAAAGCCUGCCUGGAGGAUGCCUUUUCUGGCCAAAGCUAUAUCAGAGAGAGGGCAUCUCAAAGUGGACGCUCUUUGCGGACACGAAAGAACAUUAUGAAAUGCCCUAUUUGUUCAGCUGAUAUAGCUGAUUAUCUUCAGAAUCCGCAGGUAAACAGAGAAAUGAUGGGUGUGAUUGAAUCACUCCAGCGACAGACUGAGCAGCAGAUGGAGGAGAGUUCGGAAGAAUUAAGUGCUAAAAGUGAUGAAAAUCUCAUGCCUGAUGAGGAGAUGGAGUUUUCAAAGCCCUGUGAUUCAGGUGAAAAAGUGUUGAAGGAGAUUAACAAGAAUGAUUUGGAUCCUCCUAAGAAGGGGAGGAAAGUUGCCGGUGGCAAGAUUGUGGUAGAAAGCGAAGCAAUGGAUGAUGCAGAAGUAGAAAGCGAAGCAAUGGAUGAUGCAGAAGUAGAAAGCGAAGCAAUGGAUUUUGAUUAAAGGAUGUUCUGUUAUGUGUUUGGAUGUCAUGUCCAUCAACUUGAUCAAAAUCACGUUGAAAAACCAUAUCAACUCAAAAGCUUCAACAAAUAGUUGCUUCAUUAUUUUCACGAAUUUUUUUCAUUGGGACGUGGUUUUUCAAUGUGAUUUGGUUUUCUAAUACGAAACCAAACACAUACUAAGGCUUUCUUGAAAACUAAAUCCAAAACAAAAGAUACUUAUUUUAGUUUUUGGCUAACAUGAAACUUCCUAGUAUUCGAGGCGUGAACUUUUGUUUUCAUCGAAGCUGGAUAGGCAGUACACAAUGUUUUCUAGAACUGUUGCAAAUUUGUAUAAAUGAAUCACACAUUUGUAAAUGGCAUUCAAUAGUCAGGGUUGAUUUUCA